AUGGCGUCCCAUAUGGAUGAAAUGCGCCCUGCGCAGCUGUCUGAAAAGACGAGCGAUAUCGACGAGAAGGCGUCGACUCACAGCGAGUCGCACCACGCAAAGGCAGCAGCCCUGAACGAGUUUGACGCAGAGAGCAACUCCUAUCACGAGGUUCUCGUCAACGAUGGCAACCCAUUCCCGCCUAUGCCCAACGAGGUCGAUGAGCCAAUCCAGCUCACCGUCCGCGCUGUGGUUGUCGGCAGCUUGCUCGGCCUCAUCGUCGGCGCUAGCAACGUCUAUCUCGGCCUCAAGACUGGAUUCACCUUCGGUGCCUCUCUCUUUGGUGCUAUUUUUGGCUUCGCCAUCCUCAAGCCCCUUUCGCAUGCUCUCCCUGAGCGCUGGGGUGGUGGAUACUUUGGGCCUCGUGAAAACUGCACGGUCCAAACGUCUGCUACUGCUGCUGGAGGCUUGACGUCGUUGUUUGUCGCUGCUGUCCCCGCCAUGUACCAACUCGGCCUCUUGAAGACACCCAAGCAGGAUAUCGGUCGUCUUUUCUUGCUCACGGCCAUCACUGCGUUCUAUGGUGUCUUCUUCGCCAUUCCUUUGAGGCGCUACUACAUCCUCAAGGAAAAGCUCGUCUUCCCUAGUCCAACGGCGACUGCCUUCACCAUCCGCUCCCUUCACAGCACGACCUCUGCUGCUGCUCGCUUGGCUGCAAAGCAAAAGGUCCGUGUUCUCGGGUGGUCUUUUGUCGGCGCCUUUGUCUUCAAGUCCCUCUGCGGCUAUGCUCCUGGACUUCUUCUCGACUGGCACGUCUUCUACUGGCUCUACUCCUGGGGAUGGAAGGGUGCCAUUGCCGGAGAAGCCUGGGGAUGGAUCUUUGAGUUGACUCCCGCAUUCUGGGGUGCUGGUAUGCUCUCUGGUCUCAAUGCUUCCUGGAGCUUCUUGGCAGGCGCUAUCCUCGCCUGGGGUAUCCUUGGACCCAUCACCAUCGCCAAGGGAUGGACAAUCAGCAAGCCCAACCCUUAUGGCGUCGAAGACCCACUUUGGCGUUCGUAUAGCAGCAUGAGCGCAAAGGACUUUGUGCACGGUGCUAGCCCGCGGUACUGGCUUCUUUGGCCCGGCAUCCUCAUCAUGUUGACCUACUCGUUUGCCGAGCUCUGCGUCAACGGUCCCAUCUUCUGGCGUGCCCUCAAGUCCGCUGGGCGCUCGUGGAAGUACGACUACAACGCCUGGAGUGCGCGUCGCAAGGGACUUUCCUUCACCGACAUCCGCCCAGAGGAGGACCGUAUGUUGGACGACCCGGCCCCUGAUCACGAACAAGUACCCAUGUGGAUGUGGGGAGGCGGUCUCCUCGUGUCCAUUGCCGCGACCCUCCUCGUCGGCAAGCUCUCGUUUGACAUGGACGUUGGAAUUGGCAUCCUUGCCCUCCUUUUGGCCUUCAUGUUCUCCUUCAUCGGUGUACAAGCCUCUGGAACAACCGAUGUCAACCCAGUCGGCACGAUUGCCAAGGCCAGUCAGCUCAUUAUUGGAGGUGCUACUCGUGCCCAAGGUAUCGCGAUCGAGAAGGCGCAAUUAACCAACUUGAUCGCCGGUUCCAUUGCUGGACAGGCUGCUUCGCACGGUGUCGACAUGACUGGAGACCUGAAGACGGGUCACUUGCUCCGCGCAAGCCCUCGUGCGCAGUUCCUCUCGCAGGUCCUCGGUAGCGUCAUCGGAAUCUGGCUCAGCGUCGGCCUUUUCGUCCUGUUUGCCUCUGCCUAUCCAUGCAUCACCGACCUCGAAAUCGAGUGCACGGCGUUUGGUCUCCCUGCCGUCUCUGCCUGGCGUGUCGUCGCUACGGCCGUCACCUCACCCACACUUCCUAUCCCGCCCACCUCGGGAUACUUUGCCAUCGGUCUCUCCGUCCUUGCCGUCAUUACUGUCGUCAUCAAGCACACCCUCGUUCCAGCCCAGUACCGUGUCUGGGUCCCCAACUGGAACGCCAUCGGUCUCGGACUGGUCGUCCCACAGACGUACUAUCCGAUUGCCAUGGUCAUUGGCGCUCACGUCGCGUACACUUGGGGUCGCAGAUGGCCAAAGAGCUGGGAGAUUUGGGGUUUUGCCCUCAGCGCUGGUCUCGUUGCCGGCGAGGGAAUGGGUGGUGUCCUCACUGCCCUGUUCACGAUUGUCAAGAUCGAUGGCAGCUACUAUGGAAGUGCUGUCGCAUGCCCUGCCAAGCAAUAUUGUGGUUAG